AUGUCAGGAGGUGUUGGCCUCCUGAUGCUGGUUGAAGCAGAGAUGUCACGACCUAUGUAUGAGAUCGACACAGGAGACUCCAAUGCCGAAGAAGCUGCUAAGAAGCACAACUGCAUCGCUACGAAAGGUGUUGGCCAAGAGGUUCCGUCAAAGUUCAAGGACGCUAGCUGUAUCAAUGAGAACCUGAAAGGGGUAUUGAUGGCUGAUGGAAGUCUCGGUCCAAAUCCGAACCAUAAAUCUGGAGGCUAUUUGCAAUACAAUGAGUAUAUCUCCUACAAUGUGAGCCACUUGAAGCUGAGAUAUCUGCUCAAAGUGGCCAUGUAA